AUGGAGGCUUGCCUUCCGCUGGGUCUCGCUGGAGCUGCUGUGCUCUUUGGAGCUGCUGUUUUCUUCGGGCGGGAGCGCGCACUUGGUCGCGCCUCGCACAGCGCGGAGUCGGGUGGCCUGGAGUACGACCUCGGUGUGGUCGAGCACGCCACCGGCAGCGGCACCACGCUGCACAGCGCCGUCAGCUCCGUGAGGCUGCAAGAGCCUGCUGGCAACUGCAUCAUCUUGGUCCCCGCGCUCAACGAUGAAGGGCAAGAGCCGAGUUGGCCCGAACGGCGAACCGGGGACCACACCCCGAGCACCGCCACCGAGCCCAACGAGGCCCUUGAGCCCGGCACGUCCGCCGAGACGACCGAGGCCGACGCUUCGGAGCCAGUGAGCCUGCGGAGGCAGUCGAUCCGCGCGACGGCUGGCACACCGAGCAGCGAGCCGUGCUCGCCGUGGGAGAACAGCAGCGCCACCUUCAGCGAGCACGUCGCAUUCCGCGGCGAGUUCUCCGCGGAGGAGGCCUCCCAGGCGGGGUUCUUUUCCGCCCUCAAGCCGCCGCGGGUCGGCGAGGACGUCGUCUGCUACCAGAGGGACAAGUGGCUGAGACGUGGCAUCGUGAAGCGGGUCAAGGUCCGCACCGGGGACGGCACGGCGGGCCUGCAGCAGGGAGCCCAGGGCGCCUGGGUGUUGGUGAAGGACAAGGGCGCGUGGUUCUCGACGUUCUCGUGCUACGCCGUGUUCUUGGCCCCCGCGAACCACGUGCAGCGCACCUAUUCCUCCGUCUGCGGCGAAGGCGAGCUCCGCUCGUCCAACUUCUGCACCCUCUACAGCGCCCACCGCUGCGCCGACAUCCUGCUCAACAGCGACUCCACGCCCGAGACCGGGGAGGUGUCGGUGCAGGACGCGCGGGAGUCCUUGCAGAGGUGGCUGGACAACCUUGUGGACGCGCAGGGCCACAGGCAGCGGGUGCUCCCCGAGCUCAAGGCCGAGCUGCUGCGGGUGUGGGACGACGCCGCCGAGGACCCCGCGAUCCACCUGUACACGCGGCAGCAGCGAUUGCUCCCGGGAAACAGAGUGGGGGCGAGGGGCCCGAAAGGGGCGGACUACUCGCCGGCUGAUUACACUGCUCUCAACAACAUGCUCAAUCACGACACCUUGGACGCUCUCCAGCAGGCGAUGCCCCUCGUCAGGCGGAUCGAGAAUCGGAGAGCUGGGAGAUCGAGUAUCGAGGCGGGGGUCUACGCGGAGGACGAGGACAGCGAUGGUUUCGACGAGGUGGAGCCGAAGAGGCUCUUCAAGGGCGCCAACGGGACCACGCGCUACCUGACGUGCCACAUGUGCGACGAGAACGGCAUCCACGUCACCGAGGUCGAGGAGCACGAGGCGGAGGACGACGAGAUCUACGCGGCGUACCCGGCGGUUUUCGACCAGGACGUGGACGGCCUCAACGUGGAGGACCCGCCGAAGGGCAUCGAGAAGAUCAAGACUGACAAGUACUCAGGCUUCACGUUCGCCGAGUUCGCCGAGAGGUCGCUCCACUGGCCUGGGCCCCGCCUCGGCUUCAGCGUUUUGAUGCUGGCGUCGGUGGACGGGCGUCGCGCUGCCCUCGGGGCGGCCCGCGGCGCGCUCCUGGCGGCGCAUGCGGCCUGCGGGCUGACGGCGGCGCACUUCGUGUUCAGGGUGCAGCUGAUGCGCGCCGCCGCACGGCGAACGUGGCGAUCGCCGCCCCGGACGCUCCAGAAGCGGAGCAGGCGCCGGCGCGGCGGAGCGGGCGGCGGCGGUGGAGCAGGCGGCGGCGCUGGAGGCGCGAUGCACGUGGAUGCCGAGCGCUCGAAGAUGGACGGCGUGGAGGCGGCCGUGGCGGCAGGCGCGGAGGCGGGGCGGGCUGCCCCCUCGAUGCGCGUGCUGGUGCCCGCUGGCACGGCCCUGGAGGUGGCGGAGGGCUCGCCGAGCCCACCCUCACUACUGGCCGACGACAGCUGGGCGGACGAGCUGCCAGGGCCGCGGGCGGAGGCGGCAACGGGCAGCGGCGGCGCUGCGGCUGGCGGGGCGCGCGCGGGCCUCGGGCUCGAACGAUUGCCUGAAGCGGCAGCUCACGACGCUGGCGAGAACGAGACCAUGGACGUGCAGGGCGCGAUGAACGUCAGGCUGCCCCUGGAGCCGCUAGAGGUGUCAGCUGCCAGCGCCGCCGUGGUCGCCCGGCAGCGGCUGCGGAUGCGCGCGGACUCCAGGGCGGGGGUUGUGGCUGUGGGAUUCUACAUCGUGCCGCAGAACGCCGACGCUGCCUGCCUCGAGCUCAAGGGCACGGACGAGAUUGCCUUCGGGCCGCCCUCCUCCCUGGAACCGCUGCCCUGCUGGGGCGCGGAGCUAGUACAAACGCACGACCUCACAGCGGAGCAGAAAGAGAAAUACUGGCACCCUGUCGCUUUGGGCGGCUUGGGAUUCCAGAGCGUGAGCGCAGCGCGCCUGGAUGCCCAAGCGGCCUCGUGGGCGCUCUGCGAGAAGCCAGUGCUCCAGCGACUGGGCCUCCGCGACAGAGAUGACCUUCUCCACUACUGCCCGGGCUUGAGACCGGCGCUCCACCGCCUCCAGAGCACUGUCAACGCGCUGACUCAGGAAGAGGCAGCGCAGCAGGCGCCCGACACGGAGCCGCCCGACACCACCCAGCGGCGCUUUACCAGGCACAGGCGGCACGCAGAGUGGACGCAGUGGCUGCGACGCACCCAGACGGAACCGCAUCAACGGGCCUGGGCUCUUAGCACGACAGGCAAGGGGGCAGGCGCGUGGCUCGGGCCGCCCACGCGGCCCGACCACCACCUCGCUGACGCCCACUUCAGGAUGGCCGUGAGACACAGACUCGGAGGUCUCGUACGCGCAGCUGACGGCCCCUGCCCCUUCAGAAAGGAGGACGGAACCCUCUGCACCGGCACCGUCGACACUAACGGACGCCACGCGCUUUGCUGCUCCUAUGGCGGCUUCAUGGUUAAGAGGCACAACAACCUGCGCGACACCAUCGCGCGAGCCCUACGUGAAGCCGGCAUUUGCGACAUCGCAGUCGAGCCAUGGAUUCGCCCGCCCACCGGGCCGGGCAAUUCGGGUCUCCGCGCGGACCUCAGAUGCACCGACAGUGACGGCCAGUGGGCUUAUCUGGACUUAACGAUCGUGCAUCCCGCCUCGCAGCAGAGCCUGCAGGCCGGCGGGGCCCACACCCAAGGCACCGCUGCGAGACUGGCCGAACAGGCCAAGCGCCGCAAAUACAACGGAGUCGCUGGUUUCCAACCCCUCGGCUUCGAAGUGUCGGGAGCCAUGGGCGAGUCCACCCGGAAAUGGCUCGCGCAGCAAGUGCCUGAGGGCCCUGGGCGACUGGAGACUCUCAGCACCCUCCACCGGUCCAUCGCCACCUGCGUGGUCCGGGAGGCCUUGCAGCUCUGUCCCAGUAUUCCUUCGCGCCACAAGCCGCAGCCACCCCGCGUGGGCAAAGGCUCGCUGGUGCGCUUCCGGCAGUUCCAGAGCACGACGUCCAGCAGAACCAGGGCCAUCAAGUUCCGCCACAGGAGCAGACACCAAGGGCUACGAGUGGGUAGUGGAAGUUGCCCCUGGCUUCUGGGGUGCGAGGGACAUCCAGGAGACCUGUCCAAGGUGGGCUACGAGGCCGAGACGCUUUUCCCCCCCGCGGGGGCCGGCGGACUCCGCGUUCCGGGUCCUGAGCGUCGGCGACGACUCGUGCCACCUGGAGGCCGUGAACAGGUCGCAGGAGACGAGGAGUGGCACGGGUUCCUGGCGAACUUGGACACCAUAGACCCAGCGCGUUUCGGGAGCAGGUCCACGUCGGCGAUCUCGAGCCCGAGGCGCCCGGCCUCCCGCGCGCCACGGAGGUCCACGACCUCGUCGGUCUCGUCGGUCUCCGUCACCGACGAGGUGCGCGCGGCGUCGCUGAACAUCCUGUCGCUGCAGCUGACCAACUCCGCCGGGUCGGUGAGCACGCUGAACUCGCUCCAGGUGCCCGCCGCUCGGAGUGCAAGCAGCCUCGCCGCCCCGAUGGCGCAGCGGGCGGCCACGCCGCCCUGGUGUGCAGGUGACAGCACCUCCCGACCGAGUCCGAGCCCGAGCAAGAGCCCAGUUGGGCGGAGCAGCCACGCCACGACGGCCCCAGGAUACUUCCACCGCGCCGUCGUGGAGCAGCUGCGCUCCCUGCGCCAGCUGCGCCACGGCCGCCGCAGCGGCAGGGGCGGCCGCGGGAGCAGCAGCCGCCGCUCGACGUCGAACACCCCCGGCGGCCUGUCUGGAGACGACAGCUCCCCCAGGAGGGGGCCCAGCGACCGCUGCUCGAACACCACCACGGCGUCGGAGUACCACGCCGACGGAGGAGGGGGGGAGGGGGGGCGACACGCACGGAGCCGCCAACGGAGCCGCGUUCUUCCGGAAGCGCUCCAAGACAGAGACUGA